CUACAGAUAAUCUGGAUAAUCUAGAUCAGUCGUUCAAUUGAUCUAGUUAAGAAGCUAUAUAUAUUUAUAUAGAAUGGUACUAUCUAAGCAAAAUUUUAAGCCGAAUAGAUAAUUUCAACUUAUGAAAAUAGAAUUCGAUUUCAUCUCUCUUGAAUUGUCAUGGAUAAGAUUAAUUAUCCAUUUGCCAGUUUUUACUGUAUCAUGAGCAACUAAGAUCUUAUCUAUAUCAAAGAUAAGAUGCGGACAAGUACUCUGGAAGCUGCUCAGGAUUUAGAUAAUAUGGUAAAAGUAAUCCUUAUGAGGAAACAAAGAUGAAGAAGUAAUUUAUUGAUGGAUUGAAUUUGAAAACUGAACAUCUAUAUAGGUAAUUAGCUAAGGAAUACUUAAUCUAUUAUAAUAAAAGUUGUAUUAAAUUAUUUAACAGUAUUAUUAACACUAAGAAAAUGUCAACAUUAAUAGAUAAAACAAAGCUAAUUCCAGUGGAUUAUUCUAAAGCAAACGCUAAAAACCAUGAAGUAUUUUAUCAUUUAUUCACAAAAUCAUCAACUGGAAGUCAACUAAUAUCCAAAAUAACCAUUCAAACAAUCCAUUGGAACAAAACACAUGAAACUAAAGUGUUCAUCCAUGGUUGGAAGUCUUCAAUGCAUAAAGGAAAUUGGUACCACGCAUUUAAAGACGCCUACCUCAAGAAAGGCGAUUACAACAUUUUGUUUGUCGAUUGGUUUAUACCAGGAAAUCAGGAAUUUCUUGUAGCAGCAGCUAAUGUAAAACCUGUAGGAUAUUUCAUAGCAGAUUUUAUAUUAGCUUCAAAAACACCAUUAGAAAAAAUUCAUGUUAUUGGUAAAUCAUUAGGAUCACAUGUUGCAUCAUUUGUUGGAAAACGAAUUUUUGAAUUAACAUCAGAAAGAAUUGCUAGAAUAACCGGAUUAGAUCCUGCUGGGCCUACAUUUGAGCAUGAACAUCUAAAUGAACAGCAAAGAUUAUGCAAAUUCGAUGCUGAAUUUGUUGAUGUUAUUCACACAGAUGCUGGUUAUUUUGGAUUUAAUACAUCGAUUGGAACAGUCGAUUUUUAUCCAAAUGGGGGGAAAAACCAACCUGGGUGUGGAGAUGAUGAUAUUGGACAUGAUGAAUGUCAUGGAAGAUCUAAUUUAUUCUUUUUAGAAUCGAUUAAUUCUAAAAAUUUUGUUGCAAGAAAAGCUGAAAGUUGGGAAAAAUACUUGGAAGGAAAAUACGACGAUAAUGAAGGUGUUAUUUUUGGGGAAGAUGUUCCAAAGAAUGCCACAGGAAAUUAUUAUUUUAAAACAAGUUCAAAACACCCAUAUGCUGAGAUAUAAAAAGAAAGAUCUAAAAAAUUAAAUUUAUUAAAAAUUAGCAAAUU